AUGGCUACUGAACUAGCUGGAGCUGCUAAUGCCGAGUGCAAGUUCGAAUCGAGAGAACAAGUGAUUCAUUUAAAACCGGACUUUGUUCUGCAUAAUUCGCUGUCUGGAAGAGGCGGGUUCAGAUCAAAGAGGCGUGUCCUGCCAAAGUCUACAUUCAUAACAAAUAAUCCGCUCAGAGCAAACGCGGUCCGCCCUCAGCUGGACAUUGCCCUGUCUAUUUUAGGUACCAUGCGGCGAGUGGCGUACUCCAUCAUGGUACUUUUACCGAUAUUUUGCUACUUUGUAUUUGCUGAUUCUCCCGGAGAAACAGCCCAAGUUGAAGAGUUCGAACUUCGCGACGAGCCUUUCGAAUACGAUAGCAAUAUGACCGUUUCACGAACAAAACGACAAUUUGGUACAUGCCCUCCAAACUGCUUCUCUCAGUGCACCAACAACUACCAGUGCCCAAGGCCGGCUGUAUGCAUGCAAGGCUGCUGUUGUCCAGACACUACAGUCAAUCUCGCAACUGCUUGCUCCGGCGGUCCAGCUGUAGCAGCAUGUUUGGGUGGUCUUUGCGGCCAGGGAUUCUUCUGCACAGUGAAUAACUUCUGCUGCCGUUGCCAGUCAGGAAAUACGACAGGUCCAUGCGUCAAUCAACAGUGUCCAGUCGGCUACAUCUGCAAUACAAACAACUACUGCUGCCCCAUAGGAUCAGGAGGAGUUCUGGGACCUUGCGUCAAUGGACAGUGCCCACCUGGCUACACCUGCGGCGCUGGAAACCUUUGCUACUUAACGUCGGGAUAAUUAUGUGCCUUUAACGAUGUGUUGUGAACUAUCUCGAUUUUUGUCUUUCUUGUUGAUUUCUUUAUUUGAAACUAAGUUAUGAUUUGUGCAUAAUAAUAAAUCAGAGAAAAAUGAUCGCGCGUGGUGCGUGAUCAGCAGGUUCGUCGGUAGAAGUGGCGAGAUUUGUAACCUUCUCUUGUUCGAUUGAAUCCAUCUGAAGUACAUCCUUCUUUGACUAUGUAAAUUAACUCUUGUUGUACGCAGCUGCAUGCGAGUUUGUUCGGUAACUUAGCUAAUUAGAUAAUUUUUGCUGUGAAGACUGAUAGUAGCAUCUAAUCUCAGCUCCAUAAAAAUAAGUAAAACUAAUUAGGUGC